CCCAUACAGUGACGUUUCUGUAAGCCACGCCCAAUGCGGAAAAGAAACAUCGCAACCCCAAUUUGUGGCUACAGUUUGUUAUAAAGCCACUGCUGUAAUGUUGAUCUCUGCAGUUUAGUCUAACCUAACCUGAUUUAUCUAAUGUCCACACAUCACACGGGACGAGACAAUGGCAUCGGCAGAAGUAAAAGUUGCAUUUGUCAGCAAUCACAAUGGGACGACCCUUACGGAGGUUUCGCUGGGAUCCCUCUUAGCCCCGCUGUGUUUUCUCAGCCGAGGUCUCUUCCUGAUAGUCUUCCACCUUGGAAAAGGGGUUAUUCCGUUCUCCUGGGGAUCCCAUCUCCUGCUGGACUUCACAGCACUAAUAAUGCCUCUGGUCCUGUCAUGCACCGCACUGAGCGACAUCCUUCACUUUGUCAUCAUGGGCAUCGCUGUAGUUGACUUAGUUGUCCUAUACCUCAUUUACAAGAACGGAAAGCAUCCAAGCGUUCAAGGUUCCCUUUACAGUACAAUUGACAGGUUUGUGCAAAGCAGAGUAGAAUCCAACAUGGUCCCGUUUGUGACCGUGUUUCGAGUUCUGGUCAACAUGAAGACCGCCAUAAGCAUUUUGGCUGUUGAUUUUAGCGUCUUCCCAAGACGUUAUGCAAAAACAGAGAUGUAUGGAACAGGGGUGAUGGAUUUCGGCGUCGGAGCGUAUGUAAUGGCCAAUGCGUUGGUGUGUCCCGAAGCAAGAGGAAAGGACAUUCAAGGGUCGAAGAUCAGUCAUGUGUUUAAACAGUUGAUUUCCGUCUGGCCGUUGGUCUUGUUAGGGUUUGUGAGACUUGCGAGCGUCAAAUCAUCAGGCUACCACGAGCAUGUGACAGAGUAUGGAGUUCACUGGAACUUCUUCUUCACGUUAGCCAUCGUCAGAGUGGUGGCGUCCGCACUUCUGGCUCUUUUUCCUGUGGACGCCUCAUGGCUUCUUGCUCUUCUCAUUGGUGGAACCUACCAGGUUGUUUUGGAGACAACAGGUCUGAAGUCCUUCCUCAUUCACAAUAACGAGCGCACAGGCUUUCUGCAGGCAAACAGAGAGGGCAUCUUCUCAGUUGUGGGUUACAUCGCCAUCUAUAUGGCUGGGGUCCAGGUUGGCCGUUACCUCAUGCAGAGCAGAAAUGUGGUUAAAGACUGGAUCUAA